UUUGGCUCGACAAAUAAUAAGUUUCGGUACCAAUUUGAUAAAUACCCCUCACAAAGCCUAUCACUCUUUCCUUCGAUGCGCCUUCGUGGUAUUGCAGGAACCAAAGUCUCACUCACUUGAUAGUUCUUACCUACUUUGAGAUUGAACUAGACUACUUUUUCGUAGUAGAGGUAGGUGAGAGCUAUCUCUUUUGUUUGCUAAUUAAUAAUGUAACCUAUUAUCUUCCUAAGAUCUUGCAUGUGUCAACCUCUGCCGACUUAACUAUUUGGAGCGACAAGAAAGCAGAUUUACUUCAAGGAGUAUCCGAAAGGAAAAGUCACAGCGCCAUAUGUACCUAGCCUGAGUAAGGAACAUUGCGGUACUGUAAUGUGAUGUAUGUAGGCAACGAUUCGCUGCGUGGCUCAUCGCGAAAUCCCAUAUAGGACCCACAAUAGGCUCCCUUGUUGGACGUAAGACAGGACACGCCGUAAUACAUAAAAGCCAACAAACUCAGAAUAUACAGCUCGAUCUUUUUACAAACAGUUAAUUCACCUAUAAGUCACCAAAUCAUCAUGGCGGUCACUGAAUUAGCAUGGCUUACAGCGACUUCUGGAUCCCUCACGGCCGAGGGCAAGGAGGCUAUCAAUCAAGCAUUGGAUGUCCAGGAUAGAUGGUUCGCUCAAAAUGCGCCGGCGCUACCAAAGGAAAGAGAAACCCGCGGUGUAGGCCUUUUCCAGCAAAUCGAAGACCCGUCUAUCAAUCUUUUGACGGCCCAUUGGGAGUCUGCCGAUCAGCAUAAAAUUUGGAUAGAGAGCACCGAAAAUAAAUCCGUCUUUCCUGGACUGAAGAACUAUUUCCAACUUGAGAAGACACAUUUAUUUCACUAUGGAGUCGAGAUAUUCGCCCCGGGGGCAAAUGACGAGAUCUCCUUGCUAAAGAGUCCUGUCUUUAGCUUGAGUAGGAUUACUGUCGCGGCCGAGGAACGGAAAGCAUUUGACCAAGCAUGGAACGAAGUCAAGGGUGUGGUCGAGGAAUUUGCGAACCCAUAUGCAGUACAGGCUGGUUGGCGCAUCGAGAAAGAAGAUGAAUCCCUCGAGGAAUUCGUUUUAGCCGUUGGCUGGCUUAGUGUUGAAAGGCACGGAGAAUUCCCAGCGGCCAAAGAUUUCGAGAAACUCUCAGCAGCUCUAAUGCCUUUUAUCAAGAAUCGUGAUCUCACACACUACAAGAGGAUCCUGUAAUUAGUUAUAUGCCCAUCAAUGUCUCCUCGAAGCAAUGCCAAUUGUUCGUAAAAUGUCUUUGUGCAAUUGUUUGUGAAUUGUCUACAAGCUUUUUGUCGUGCUUGAGAAUUAUCAAUUCGGAAGGUAUCC